GGGGCUGCGGCCACAGUUGUUGCGUCGUUUGCGUCCGUCCUUCACCUCGCGGGUGCAGCGGGCCGAACCUGCCGACAGCGCUUUGCAGACCGCCGCGGGGCGGGGGCGGGGGAUGCCGGGCUGCCGCAUCAGCGCCUGCGGCCCGGGGACCCAGGAAGGGACGGUGGAACCCGGGUCUCCGCCGCUGCCGCCCCGGGAGCCCCUGCCAUCCCCUCAGCCCCCGCCCCCAACGCCGCCCUUGACCCCGACCCCUACCCCGACUCAGGCCUCGCCUCUGCCAGGGGCGACCGCGGCGUCGGUGGGUUCGGCCGAGGGGCUGGAGCUGCAGCGCUGGCGCCAGAGCGCUGACGGAGGUGCGGGGGGCACCGGACCGGCAGUGGGCGCGGGCGGCGGCCAGGGCGCGGCGGGGGCAGGGGGCCGCGCACUGGAGCUGGCCGAGGCGCGGCGGCGACUGCUGGAGGUGGAAGGCCGCCGGCGCCUAGUGUCGGAGCUGGAGAGCCGCGUGCUGCAGCUGCACCGCGUCUUCUUGGCGGCCGAGCUGCGUCUGGCGCACCGCGCCGAGAGCCUGGGCCGCCUGAGCGGUGGCGUGGCUCAGGCCGAGCUCUACCUGGCGGCGCACGGGUCGCGCCUCAAGAAGGGCUCGCGUCGCGGCCGCCGCGGCCGCCCACCCGCGCUGCUCGCCUCCGCGCUGGGUCUGGGUAGCUGCGUACCCUGGGGCACCGGACGCCUGCGGCGGGGCCACGGCCCCGAGCCGGACUCGCCCUUCCGCCGAAGCCCGCCCCGCGGCCCCGCCUCCCCACAGCGCUGACCGCAGCGCCGCGACCCCUGGCUCCCCUCAACAGGCUGUCGCCGAGGUGCCCACGAAGGAUUGCGGACGUCGGCUGGAUGAACGGCGUCACGGACGCGGAUGGAUGGACUGACCACAAGAAGAGACAGUCGGGGGGCCAGGGGACCAGUAAAGUAGGCUGAGCUCCUCCCAGUAACUCAGAGCCUCCACUCUAUGGAUCUGAACUCCUGGAUUCUGUUCCUUCCCUGAGCACCUCCUCCAGGAAGACCUCUUCAGUCGACCCUACACAGCUGAGCCCUCCUCACUUCAUACAAGCCCUUUGUUUACAGAGGCAAGGGGUUGGAUUCUGGGGGAGUUGCCUGUACUGUGAAUUUCUUUAUGUAUGCCACAUUUGACUUUGGCUUACGCUGUACAGUUGGAAGUGUUUCUACAGGUCCGUGAGACACAAUCAGAUUAUUUAAGAGUGCAGUGAGCAUUUGCAACAUGAAAGUGGAAAGGAUUUCUUUUAAAAAUGUCAUCAUUCUUAAGUCACAGUGCAGCUUGGUAGCUGCCAUUGCUUCUCAGCUUAACAAUAGUUUGGGGACCUGUUUGAGGGAAACCGGUUUGAGGAAUCCCUGUCUUCCUCAUUCACUGUCCUUGCCCUGUCCAUGUGGGAGGGUGCCUGUGGCCCGCAGAAAGGUGAUCAGCUCUGGCCCCUGGGGCGACACACCUCUUUUUCAAAAAGAGGUAGUGGCCACAUAAAAAUUCUCAGCAAAGUUUUAAAUGAGAAAAGGAACCACGCUUAUUCAAAUAGCUUGAUAAUAGAAGGAAGGGAACCAUAUUUACUCACAUACAAUCCAGAACUUGUAGAAUUCUGCAAAAUGAAUGUGUAUUGAGUCAGUCCCCUGAUUCAUACAUUC